GUUCACGUGACUGACCGUCGCCCAGGUUGUGUCGAAAGCAUCCUGGCGUUAGCAGUUUCCUUACCGUUGACAAAACAAAUACAUAUAGUUAUAUAUAUGUAUAAAGUGAGGUGUAAAUAUUUUCAUCAUGGACGAGUCAUUCUUUGGUUCUAGUGGAGACAAAGACGGCAGGGGACCACCAAAACGGGUUGUAGCCAACGGUCUGGUAGCUGGUGUCUGAAGACUCCAGUUAACGUAGCUAGCGUUCAAACUUUGACGGGCAAACCGCUGCUAGCUGCUAGCUAGCUGCUAACGCUACUUUUCCUAUUCACUAUUACUAUACCAGCUAGCUUGGUAACAUGUCUUGUUAUGGUAGCUAUUAUGCGAACCACCUAGCGUUGUAGCAGUUAACAGACCACCGAAUAACGCAGCGUUUUGAUAAGUUGUUUAUGUAAAAGUAGGGUCGACGUUAUUACCAAGUAAUGUCAGCUAACCAGUGAACAGUUAUUCAUGUUAAGGAGCUAAUGCUAACAUUAGCCACUUGAAUUGUUAGUUACACUUAAACUGCAACUAACAAACGGUAACACGGAGUGAAGGCAGUAGUGAUUGUCUUUGACACAGAUGUGACACAGUAAUGUUAUAGUAAAAUACAAUCAAUAGGAGCUUCUAAGCAGCAUAAAUCGCAACAGUUGAACGGUUGUGUUUUCUGACCAAUAACAUACAGAUCAACGAUGCGAAACAGCCUGAGGAUUAACGUUUGGGCAGCAGCAUUGUCCACAUCUGUCCGGUCAUUUUGGUAAUCCGUGGGUUCUUCACAAUGCAGCUACAAUAGUUUUUUUUUAAUUUAUUUAAUUGCUCAGUGUGCAGUAACGCCGUCUAUACAGUAAACAUUUGGCAACCCAGUGCGUGUAUAGGGCAGGUCUACUUUUCUUGAAGUUAUGUCUGGAGACACAUCUGAUAGUAGUGAUGACUCCGAUGGAAAAACAAAUGAAAAGGCCUGUACUGUCAAGCAUCAAAUCACCAAUGCUAACCUCACAGGUCACACUGAAAGGGUUGGCAUGGAGAAUUUUGAGCUGCUUAAAGUCUUGGGCACUGGAGCAUAUGGAAAGGUGUUUCUGGUCAGGAAGAACAGCGGUCACGAUGCUGGCCAGCUAUAUGCUAUGAAGGUAUUAAAGAAAGCAGCUAUUGUUCAGAAGGCAAAGACAACAGAACAUACUCGCACUGAGAGGCAGGUGCUGGAGCACAUCCGCCAGUCUCCCUUCCUGGUCACACUUCACUAUGCCUUUCAGACUCAGAGCAAGCUGCAUCUCAUCCUGGACUACGUGAGUGGCGGGGAGAUGUUCACUCAUUUGUACCAACGGGAUCACUUUCCAGAGGAGGCAGUGCGGAUUUAUAUUGGGGAAAUAAUACUGGCUCUGGAGCACCUGCACAAGCUUGGGAUUGUGUACCGCGACAUCAAGUUGGAAAACAUUCUACUAGACAACGAAGGGCACGUGGUAUUGACAGAUUUUGGGCUCAGCAAAGAGUUUUUGGAGAAAGAGAAGGAGAGGACUUACUCUUUCUGUGGCACCAUUGAGUACAUGGCUCCUGAAAUCAUCAGAGGGAAGACGGGACAUGGAAAAUCAGUAGAUUGGUGGAGUCUUGGGAUCCUGAUGUUUGAGCUUCUGACAGGAGCAUCUCCUUUUACAUUGGAGGGAGAAAGGAACUCCCAGAGCGAGGUGUCAAAACGUAUUUUGCGCUGUGAUCCACCCUUCCCCUCUAUGAUCGGACCCACUGCUCAAGACCUGCUGAAGAGGUUGUUGGUGAAAGACCCUCACAAGAGGCUGGGCUCUGGACCACGAGGGUCUGAAGACAUUAAAGCACAUCCUUUCUUCAAGGGGCUAAACUGGGCUGACCUAGCACAAAAGAAAGUAGCAAGCCCGUUCAAGCCAGAGCUGAAGAGUGAACUCGAUGUGGGGAACUUUGCAGAGGAAUUCACUGGGAUGGAUCCUGUCUACUCUCCAGCGAGUACGCCUCCAAGCACAGACCGCCUGUUCCAGGGCUACUCCUUUAUUGCUCCCUCCAUCUUGUUCAAUAAGAACGCUGUCAUGGGAGACUUUGUUGAGGCCCAGAUCGGUGCAGACCGACCAGCUUCUGCUUCUGUCCAACGCAGUGCAAUGUUAGAGGAAUCCCAGUUUUUUCAGCACUAUGAGCUGUGUCUUCACGGACCACCCCUAGGAGAGGGAAGCUUCUCUGUGUGCAGGAAAUGCAGACACAAGCAAACUGGUCAUGAGUAUGCCGUCAAGAUCGUCAGCCGCAGGAUGGAUGCAAACAUUCAGAGGGAGGUUGCUGCCUUGAGGCAAUGUGAAACUCACCCCAACAUCGUCAAGCUGUAUGACGUCUUUACCGAUCAGUUCCAUACAUAUUUAGUGAUGGAGCUUCUCCGAGGCGGGGAGCUGCUGGAAAGGAUCAAAAGGAAGAAAAACUUUGGCGAGGCAGAGGCCAGUCAGCUGUUGCAGAGCCUGGUCUCAGCUGUCAGCUUCAUGCACGAGGCCGGAGUUGUGCACAGAGAUCUCAAACCAGAGAACGUGCUGUUUGCAGAUGAGAGUGAGGACUCCAUCCUCAAAGUGAUAGAUUUUGGAUUUGCCCGCCUGUGCCCUGCGGGCAGUGCCCCUCUGCAGACUCCCUGCUUCACGCUGCAGUACGCUGCACCUGAGCUUUUCGAGAGCGCAGGAUAUGACAAGGCUUGUGACCUCUGGAGUCUCGGGGUCAUUUUGUACACCAUGCUGUCGGGCCAGGUGCCAUUCCAGAGCGAGCAGCGUGGCAUGACCUCCUCAUAUGCUGCAGAGAUCAUUCAGAAGAUAAAAGAGGGUGACUUCUCAUUGGACGGGGAGGCCUGGAGGGGCGUGUCGGAAGAUGCUAAAGAACUGGUUAAAGGCCUACUGACAGUUGAUCCGGAGACACGUCUAAAACUCUCUGAUUUGAAAGAGAACAGCUGGCUGCAGGGUGGCGCCUCCAUGUCAACCACUCCUUUGUGCACUCCAGAUGUGCUCGAGUCCAGUGGGCCUACUGUCCGCACCUAUGUCAAUGCUACCUACAAGGCUUUCAACCGCGGUAAGAGAGAGGGCUUCUUUCUGAAAAGUGUCGACAACGCUCCCCUCGCAAAGCGACGGAAGCUAAAGAUGACAAGCACAGGCGUGGAGACCCGGUGGAGCUCGUCCUCUUCCUCCUCCUCCUCUUCCACCUCCUCCUCUGCCCCUGCAACAGCAUCCAAAACACAGCCAAAGCAAACUGUGAGCCCAAAGCAGAGCAAGCCUAAAUGACAGGAAGGGAACACGGCACGGAAGUGAAGCGGUAUGUGCUUAUACUGGCAGCAUAAUGUCCUCCAGUGGUCAGUACCAAAAAAACAUACUGACAGAUGAGAACACUGGUUUAGGUUAAUUUAAAGUUUUUAAUGCAAAGCCCGGAUUCCAUUUGUUAUAACAGUAAAACACCUUUAUUCCUCAUGCGGUGUUUUUUCUCCGUAAACCAAACAUGUAUAUUUUUGAGAAUGAAUAGAAGAGAAGAUGGGGCCUUGACAAAUAAAUUAUACUUAUUUCAGUAUUAACUUGCCGCAAUUUGGGUGACAUCACACUAAAGUUAAAAAAAGAGUUGCCUGUUAUAUUCACUAUGGAUAAGAAACAGUGCCUGGCUUAUAGGCAAAAAGGGAAAAAGGAGCCAUAAAUGAGCAGAAGCCAUAUAUACAUCAAAAGAAGUAAAUAUUCAGCCGUUUUAAAAGACACAAAUUUGCACAUAGCAAAUGAAGAGUCCUUCCAGUAAAGGCUUAACAAUUGAUUGUAGUAUCUAGUCAGUCUUUGACAGACAUACAGUAUAAUUGGCAAAAACUUAAAAAAUGACAUAGAGGCACUCUGCUCUGUACAGAUCAGACUUUUUACACUUUUUACAUUAAGUUUGAGUAGAAAAAAAGAUGUUUGCACUAUUUGCAGAGAAUGGAAAUGAUCAAAUGGUAAAACAUACACAAAUUUCUGGGAGAACUGAGCACAGGGGUAAAACUCCUUAGAUCGAGAAUGGGAAGAAUAAUGCUGUAGUAGAAAUCUGCUGGUUGCAAUUAACAGUCCAAAGGGCACUGUCUUUACGAAGCUGCACCUUCAGUACACUACCAACUCUACAGACCCCACUGGACACUUUGUGGAGCUUUUGUCUCAUACGGCUCUGAAGAAGUGUUUCCAUUAACAGUCACAUAUUGACCCAAAGUGGCAGCACCUGUAAAAAGACAUGAAGACAAAGAAGCAGCCGUGACUUCUGACGUUUCUUGUCCCCUGCGCUGUAUAUUACUCGCAUCAUUGUGCCGGUCUGAAAAAUGUCUAGCAUGCUAAUCAGUUGUGAUGAUGGACUGUAAGAACCUUUUUUUCUAUAGUUUGGUAUCUCUGGCUCACGUCGAAAGGUUUUAUUAUGCCACCAAACUGCGGCGUGAGCGUUGGCACGUAGAUGGGAACAAAAUCAGUUUUGGCCACUUUCAGCGCGCGUUGCCUUGACUUUGUGAAUUUUCAGAGGGUAUUGCGGUUUUGUCCUCAGACCAGCGUCAUGUGCGACUCCCACAAACACAGUCUGGUUUGACGCAGUCAGUUCUCGUUGGCUGGUCUCAUGUUGUCAUCUGGGCUGGCGUUCGUCUUUUUCCAGAAGUGAUUUUAAAUCAUUGUUCGCCUUGAAAUUGAAAUGAUGUUACAGAAUGAUGACUUUAUUUGGGAGACCAUCCUGUGAAAGUUGUGUAUAUACUUAUCAUGAUUUAAAGCAAAAAAUAAUGUAUGUUAUGAUUUAAUUUUUGAUUUGACAGCUGUUUUAAUGGUAAACCGUCUCCUGGUGUUAUUAUGGUUUCAUCUGACUCUUUUUUACAUGUUGCACAGUCAGUUGAUCAAUUAAACACAUUUCAGCUUUAAAGGUGCUUUCACUGAUAUUUAUUACAUGUAAUUGAUUUUAAUGCUGUGGUAAUGGGAUUAUCAAAAUUUGGCUCUUGUCUUGUACCAGCACAGUGUGUGUGUGUGUGCGCUUGUCGGUGUGUUUGAGAAAGAAAGAGCUUGAGUGUGGCUGGGAGAUUGCUUGUAUUGAUAUUUCUGUACCAGAUGAAGCAUUAUUGCAAGUUACUGUAUUAUUUUCCUGUCGUCAGUUGCCACCAUUGUCUGUUGAAAGGUAACUUGUUCGUGUUUGAACUUUUUUUUCUUAAGGAACUGCUUUUAUUGGUGUUGAUAUUAUUUUGUCGUCGUAAUUGUUUUUUCUUUUUCCCCUUUUUCCGCUCUUUUUUGAGCAUUACUAUUUUACUGAGAUGCACUGUCAACGAUGUCGUAACUGGGAAUUUUAUCUUUUGCGCUGACAUUUUUUUUUGGUCGGUGCAAAAUAAACAUUACUUUUAAAUAGA